UGACCAACUUCCGGUCCACUUGUCCCCAGCAGCCCUGGCCGUUGAACGCGUAACACUCUACGAGGGAGCGCGCGGGCGGGCGGGCCGUGAGGGGUGCAGUCCAAACCUGCAGUUCGAUCAGGACCAGAACCGAAGGAACCGGAUGGAGCCCAAAAGGGCAAGAACUUGCCUGCCGUAGCGCGCUAAGGGUCUGCAAUAAGGAGCAGACGAGAGGUGCGCGCGCACACAAACACACACACACACCACCGCGCGUGUCUGCAAGAAGUGUGCUUCAAUGUUGGCGAGGAAGAUGAGGCGGCACAACCGAGCUUUGAUGAUGCUGAUGAUCGGAACUUUAAACGCAGGGCUGACGGCUGGCCACGCCCCCAACAGGGAAUGCUUGUACUACAACGUCAACUACGAAAUGGAGCUAACAAACAAGAGUGGCGUGGAGCGCUGCGAGGGCGACGCCGACAAGCGCUCACACUGUUACGCCUCGUGGACCAAUGAGUCGGGCGCCAUUGAGCUGGUGAAGAAAGGAUGCUGGCUUGACGACUUCAACUGCUACGACCGUGAGGAGUGUGUGUCCACUGAAGAGAGUCCUCAGGUCUUCUUCUGCUGCUGUGAAGGAAACAUGUGCAACAACAAGUUCACGCACUUGCCGGACGCUGCCGGUUCACUCAUUCGAGCUCCGACCCCCAGAAUCAGCGUGAUACACGUCAUCUUUUAUUGCCUGCUGCCAGUCACAGUGCUGUCAACCAUUCUGCUUGCCACCGUAUGGAUGUACCGCCAUCGCAAACCUCCGUACGGACAUGUGGACGUCACUGAGGACCCAGUUCCUACGCCCGAUUCCCCCCUCUUGGGGUUAAAGCCCCUGCAGUUGCUGGAAGUGAAAGCCAGAGGGCGCUUCGGUUGCGUCUGGAAGGGCCAAAUUCUGAACGAGUUUGUGGCCGUCAAGGUGUUCCCUGUCCAGUACAAGAUGUCGUGGCAGAACGAGCGGGAGGUGUUCACCAUGCCGGGAAUGAAGCACGAAAACAUACUGAAGUACGUCGGCGCCGAGCAGCGAGGGCGCCACCUGGAGGCCGAACUGUGGCUCAUCACAGAGUACCAUGAGCAGGGUUCGCUCUGCGACUUCCUGAAGGCGAACGUCAUCAGUUGGUUAGAGUUGUGUCACAUCGGGGGGUCUAUGGCGUGCGGUCUGGCGUACCUGCAUGAAGAUGUACCCCGGAACAAAGGCGAGGGAGCUAAACCCGCAAUCGCUCACAGGGACUUCAAGAGCAAGAACAUCAUGAUGCGUUCAGACCUGACUGCCGUCAUCGGAGAUUUCGGCCUGGCUGUGCCCUUUGAGUCAGGAACGCCGCCCGGAGAAACUCACGGACAGGUAGGGACGUGGCGCUACAUGGCUCCUGAGGUUCUAGAAGGCGCUAUCAACUUCCAGCGGGACGCCUUCCUCAGAAUCGACAUGUACGCUUUGGGCCUGGUCCUGUGGGAGCUGCUGACACGCUGCAAAGCCGCUGAUGGUCCAGUAGGCGAGUACAUGCUGCCAUUCGAGGAGGAAGUAGGUCAGCAUCCGUCACUGGAGGACCUUCAGGAAGUUGUUGUCCACAAGAAGUUGAGGCCGGCCUUCAAAGACGUUUGGUUCAAACAUAACGGUCUGGGCCAUGUGUGCGAAACGGUGUCGGAAUGCUGGGACCACGACGCCGAGGCCCGACUGUCGGCCGGCUGCGUGCAAGAGCGCAUGGGCCAAGUGCGUCGCCUCACAAGCUCCAUAGCCCCGCCCACCUCCUCCUCUUCUGUCCCCCCAGUUGUCAUGGUAACCAACGUGGACCUCCCGGCCAAAGAGUCCACCAUGUGACGAGUAAAACUUUUGGCACGCACACACAGACAUAAGUUCAGGUCCGACUCAGUGAAUGAUCUCCAGGUACCUCAGCAUUUUUUUCUGUCUCUGAAGUGGGUGUCUACCUGCAGCCUCAUUGCGUAGCAACCAGCACCAGCUACACCUCAAAGUGACACGUCUCACUCUUAAACAGGAAGUGAUGUCAGAGUGAUGCUGCGUUGACCUUUCGCUAAGCCCCGCCCCCGCAAGUGACUGUUGCCAGGCUUGUCAGCUAAAAUCACAAAUUAAUGCACAAGUUAAGUUAAAAAGUUAAAGUACCAGUGAUUGUCACACACGGUAGGUGUGGUGAAAUUUGUCCUUACCCAUCCCCUUGAUCACGCCCAGGGAGGCGAGGGGACCAGUGGGCAACAGCGGUGCCGCGUGUCAAGCGAAAAAAGUGCUCUCUGCAAAUAAGUACCAAAGCGUGUCAGGGCAUAUAUUUAGCGCCUUAAAUGCGAAAUAUAUGCCCACCCUAUUGUAUACAGUGUGUAUGGGAUGACUUGCCAAAUAAUUGCCCCUGUGGUCUCAGUGAGAGUGCAUACGAGGUAUACUCAGGGGCGCCGAAAAGGGGGGGUAAAGGAGACGGAUUCUAGGGGCCCAUGAUGGAGGGGGGCCCAGAGAGGCCCCUAAUGAUGAUGAAAUUUUGUGUUGGGGGCCCUGUAAAGAUUAUUUUCAUGGAGCCCAAAACCCCCAGCGGCGCCCUUGGGUAUACUCAUUAGUUAAACUUGGAUUUGCUGAUAAUGUUAGCUAAAAGAAAAACCGUAUCAUACCAAAGUUACUGUGAUAUAUAUUGUCUUAGGCUAUUAAAUAUGGAGAAACGGCAGGAUGAAACAAAUAAGAUCAGUAGUUUUAAUGCCAAAAAAACUGCCCGGCGCACUGGACUGCGCAGGUCGCGCAUGCGCACAGCCCCUCCGGAGCACUUAUUUCGGCUGGGCACAGAUUUGGCUUGACACCCGGAAUCAUUUUUGGUGAUUUAACCAAAAAUAUUCCAACCCUUGAUGCGGAGUCCCAAGCAGGGAGGUAAUGGGUUCCAUUUGGGUAGUGUUUGGUAUGACUCGGCCGGGUUUUACAUUUACACACAUAUGUACACAUAAUUACAUUUAGUAGUAAGAAAUCUAGCGUUAGCGAAGGAGCUAACCCAUAGCCUAUAUGCUAGUUUACUCCGGUUAGCGCUACUUUCCACAAAAAUAUACAUUACGAAUAAUAAGCGAAUUUCUUACCUUGAAGCUGGUGUUAAGCCUGGGGGUUUCCGCCGACUACUAAGUUUUAAAUAGCAAAACUUGACUAGUAACUUAGAAUAAUAUCGUAAGGAGCUCCACUGAAUUGAACCGAGCGCUGUUAGAAGGGACUGCUCUGUGAUUGGUUGGGGAUGUUUGGCUUCGCGAAAGGUCGAUGUUGACUGGUUGUUCAAGCCUGAAGUGGGCGGGGUCAUGCUACAUUCAGGCGUUUGAUUGGCUGACAGCGACCAAACUUCUCAGGUAAAAUUCGUUAUGUGGAGGCGGGGUUACCGGAUUGUGAAAUAGGUAGGAGGGACUUAUGUGACGGUGCUUAAAGCCUAUUGGCAGUUUCUUUCUGGACACUCAACACAUGCUGUGCACACACUGCCAUUUGUGUUGUUUUCUUUUGACAACUCAUCAGGGUGAAAGGUUAAAGGUCAUCAGUCACCUGACCACUUUAUGUCUACCUCUUUUUUGUCAUGUUUAACACUUAAAGGGUCAAUCCCCACUUUAAAGAUUCCAACAUAAACAUUGGACAAUUCCUUUUAAUGUGCAUUUUUAAGUCAGGUGCUUAAAGAAACCACAACAAUGUGAACCUCAGUACAGCAAAAAUACCUCAGAUGAAUUUUGUAUGUGUUAUUUAUUUUUGUUUUAAUUGAAAAGUUAUCCACAUUGUAAAAAGUUAUAACCCCGGUCUUCUCUCCUCCUCCCUUGUGCAUCAUCCUGUUCAAAACAUCACAAAAUCUGCAAUAAUUUCAAAAAUGUUCAUAGUAAAAUGACACAUACGCAGGUUAAAACAUACAAGGCCAACAAAGCUGAUUCUGAUUUCCCAGGUUUGAUUAAAUGUUCCCCCCACUGUCAUGUACCUGUAGCAUGUAGCAUUGUUAGCAUUAGGCAGGUACGGCAAACUGUAAAUCUAAUAUUGGCGCAUCACAGGGGCCUCCUGCACCGCCAUCUUGGCGCUGAGAAAGCACGACUCCAAAACUAAAUAUUUUACUGGUCCAAUUGGAAAGUUCAAAGUUCAACAAUGCGUACGUCCUGAUGUAAAGUUUGUGAACUGAUGGACUGUUGAUGAUCCAUGUGGAAAGUAGAGGUCAUUUCAUAUUUUCAAAUGGUACUUUUUAGAGGAAAAAAAAAUACUAUUAAGCGUGAAUGUGUGUGUGCUGUCAGAUGACUUCUUCUUCUCUUCAUCAACUCAGUCCCAACAUGUAGUUUUAACCAUCUCUCACACACAUUACAUAAGGGAACACAAUGAUUGAACUUUUUGUAUGUGAAUAAUAAAUGGUUGCGAUUAUCUAAUGCUUGUGUUGGAGUUGCAUUGUGGCUAUAAAAAAAAAAAGACCGCCAGCGGCUUUAGGGAAGGUGAAUGUGUCGAUGUGCUUACAAUACAACUUUUGAUGUUGAACAGCGAUGAAAAUAUUACUAUUACAAGAUGAAUAUAAAUAAAACAUUACAUGAUCAUCACUGACUUUUAGCUGCUAACAUCCUGAUAGUGCCACAUCAUUUAUAUAUCAAAAUAUAUAGAAAUAUACAUGUAUGGGACAAAUUAGCUGCUAUGCUGUGUUGUUUUCAACCAGCUGCCAUACUGACAACAUUGCUAGAGGGCGGGCCGACCUGUCACUCACAGCUCACCACAACUGAUGAUGUCACAACUCCUCCUCUUGCCCUGUCUCCUCCUCCCCUUUACCUUUUCCUCCUUCUGGAACGACCUGCUCCUCCUCUCCUUCUUCUCCUGCGUCCUUCACUUCCUCCUGCUUGUCGCCUUCUUCUGUCAAUUCCUCCCUUUCUUCUCUCUCCUCCAUUUCCUCCUCCCUCUCUUCACCUUGUCUCUUGUUCAUCUCCUCACUCAUCCCUCCAUCUUCAGUCUCCUCCUCCCUUCCUUCUUCUCCUUGUUGUGUCACCUCCUCUGUCAAAUCUUCCGCUACUCUUUCCCCUUUCUGCUCUUCCAUCACUUCCUCUUCUCCCUCUGCCACCUUCUCCCCGCUCCAUGCAUCUCCUGCCUCAGUCACCUCACUUUUACCUUCCCCUUCUUCUGUUACCUCCUCACUUCCUCCUCCUGUCUCCUCCUCCUCAACUUUUUCUGUCACCCCCCCUUUCCUAACAUCUCCUGUCUCUUCCUCCUCAACUUCUUCUGUCCCCCCACCUUUCCUAACAUCUCCUAUCUCCUCGUCCUCAACUUCUUCUGUCACGCCCUCUUUCCUAACAUUUCCUGUCUCCUCGUCCUCAACUUCUUCUGUCACCCCCUCUUUCCUAACAUCUUCUGUCUCCUCCUCCACAACAUCUUCUUUCUCCUCCACCUCCUCCCUAACUUCUAUCUCCUCCUCCUCCUGGUUCCCUUUGCCGCCUCCCUCUUGUAUCACCUCCUCCCUCUUUUCCUGGAAUCCUUCUCCUUCAAUCAUCUCCGUCUCCCGCUCUGUCUCCCCCUGCUGGCAGUCAGCACGAUUAUCUUGAUCCUGGUCCUGUCGCUUGUCACAUGCGUAGUCCAAAGCAGAGUGAGAAGGAAACGUGUCUUCGUUCCUGAGCACACCUGAGCACAUCAUUGUCAUCACAACCAACACUCUUUAAACAGACUCAUUAGGACAGGAGUGUCCAAACUUGUUGACUUGAGGCAUUGGGUUAAAAAUAUUUUGGUCGGGGGCCGAAAGCCGAUUGCAUGUAAAGUACAUACAUAUAUAAAUUGAUUGGCAACACUAAAUUGACCCUAGAGUGUGAAUGUUGUCUGUCCAUCUGUGUUGGUCCUGUGAUGAGGUGGGGACUUGUCCAGGGUGUACGCCGCCUUCCGCCCGAAUGCUGCUGAGAUAGGCUCCAGCGCCCCGGAAAGGACAAGCGGAAGAAAAUGGAUGGAUGGAUAUAAAUAUAUAUAUAUUAGGGCUGCGAAUCUUUGGGUGUUCCACGAUUCGAUUCAAUAUCGAUUCUUGGGGUCGCGAUUCGAUUAUAUAUCAUUUUUUUGAUUCAACGCGAUUCUCGAUUCAAAAACAAUAUUUUUUCCGAUUCAAAACGAUUCUGUAUUCAUUCAAUACAUAGGAUUUCAGCAGGAUCUACCCCAGUCUGCUGACAUGCUAGCAGAGUAGUAUAUUUUUUUUCUUAACUUAUAUAAUUGUAAAGGACAAUGUUUUAUAGACUGAUUGCAAAAAUGUAAAUUUGUUUUAACUAUUAAACGAACAAAAAAUAUAUCUUAUUUUAUCUUUGUGAAAACAUUGGACACAGUGUGUUGUCAAGCUUAUGAGAUGUCAUGCAAGUGUAAGCCACUGUGACACUAUUCUUUUUUUAAAAUUUUUUAUAAAUGUCUAAAGAGAAGGUCAA